AUGGAAAAGUUGUACAACUGUAAAAUUUUAAAUAAAAAUUUAAAUUAUAAUGAUAUUGAAACUCCAUUAACAGAAAAAAAAAAAUUUAUUUUAGAUUCAUCUGAAUCUGUAUUAGAUGAACUACAUUUGAGAUAUUAUAAAGAUGCAACAAGUUACUCAGAAUUAUAUAAAAAAUAUAAAGAAAACAAUUACGUUAAAUUGUAUAGCAAAUUACCUGUAUGUGCAUACAAGUAUUCUCAAGAUAAUAAAAUUGAUAAACUUGAUGAAUUAAAAAAGGAAUUAAUAUAUGAUAACAUAAAUAAAAAAAAUGGAGAAAAGAAAGAUGAUAUAAAUUAUUACAAUAGUGACUUAAAGAUUUUUGUACCUAAUAAAUUACAGAAUGAUAAAAAGAAAAAAAAAAAAAGUUUAAGGAAAAAAAUAUAUGAUGGAGAAGUGAUGUUUUAUGAAGAUUAUAUAGAAUAUGUAGCUGCAAGGGAUUAUGAGUAUUUUUUUAAAAAACCUUAUGAAAUAAAAAGAAAAGAUGAAAGAGGAAAAUAUUAUUUUUAUGGGAAAAAAAUGGAGAUGGAAGAAGACGAAGAUAUAUAUAGAAAAUACUACGGAUAUGAUGAUGAAUAUUUUCUGAAAAGAAUGCUAUUAAAUGAAAGACCAAAAAAAAAGGUGGAAACUAAUUUAGAAAAAAAAAAAAAAAAAGAGGAAUCAUUAGAAAAAAAAUAUGAAAAAUUAAAUGAUAAAGAUAAAACUUUUAUGUUAAAAAUAAAAGAAAAUGAAAUGCACAAUUUAGGAAUACACACUUUUUAUACAAAAAAUAAAAAUAUUAUAUGUGAUAAAAAUUUGUCUGAAAUUAAAAAAAAAGAAUUAUUAAAUGGAUACAUUCCUGAUAUUAUUUUGCCUGUUAAUAACAGAAAAACAAAGCAUCCUAAAAAUUGUACUAUUCCUUUUAGUCGUUUAAAUACUUAUGCUAAAUUUUUAGAAGACUUACUUGUAUGCCCAUACAUUCAUAAUGCUAUAGAUGCAGAAUUAGGCAAAUAUUGGAAAACAAAUGAAAAUGAUAAUAUAAAGAAAUUAAAAACUGAAAAAAUUAAAAAAGGAUAUAAAAAAGAUAUCUAUUUCGUAACAAAAGAACAGUUAGAAAAGUCUAAUGAGAAGUUGAAAAAUUUAUUAAAAAAUGAAGAAAAUGAAAAUGAUAAAAAUUUAAAAAUUUCUUUAAAUCUUGAAAUACAAAAAACAGAGAGAGUAAAUAAAAGUGUAUGUAACGGUAGAUAUAUGAUAUAA